ACUACCCUUAUCGCCAUGGAGUACAAUGGGGGCGUUGUGGUAGGUACAGAUUCCAGAACUAGUGCUGGAUCGUUCAUCUCAUCUCGAGCCACAAAUAAGAUUACUCCCAUCACAGACUACAUGUCCGUAUGUCGAUCGGGCUCAGCAGCGGACACUCAGGCUAUUGCAGACAUCGUCAAAUAUCACAUAGAGGUGUAUAGCAUGUUGGAGAACGAACCAGUGACCAUCUAUCGUGGUGCUCAAAUAUUCCGCAAAUUUUUGUAUAACUAUCGUGAUCAGCUUUCUGCUUCGGUUUUGAUUGCAGGUUAUGAUAACGAGCAAGGUGGUCAGCUCUAUGCUAUUCCUCUUGGUGGAUUCGUGACGCGGCAGAGAUCAACUGCAUCUGGUUCUGGAUCCACUUUUGUUCAGGGAUUUCUUGACAGCUCUUGGAAGCCGAACUUAACGAAGGAGGAGUGCAAAGCUAUUGUGAAACAAGCUGUUGGACUUGCC